GAUCUAUACUCGCUUCUUCGUAGGCUCCAGGAUAUCUUUUUCAUUCCCUUUCCUUUUCCUCCCUUUACUUUUGCAGCUCGCACGUCUCUUCUCAGUGGACGGACUCUGCUGCCGGUUUGUCUUUCUCGUUUGCCCGGUGCGUGCCUGCAGUAGCUUCGUCUUUGCUUGCUCCAGCCUGGACACCAGCGGUCAAUCCCCAGCCCGUUGCAGCUUGCUGGCCUCUUGUCUGUUCGCCCUCCGCGUCUCCCGUCGGCCGCGUUAUUAAGCUGCUCGGAGCAGAUACGCCAGGCUGCGCUCGGUGUUGCUGCAGACAUUAGCGUGUGAUUGGCUGCCAGCUUUGCUGCGAGAUUCCCACCGCCGCCUGUCUGUCUGUCAUCGUGCGUCAUUCAGGCGUCUGCUUUCGCUUUUUUGGCCAAAGCAAGUUUGUCGGCGUCCAAGAUCGUGGGUGGGCCUGAAAGCAAAGAGAAUUAUUUGGGAAAAAUACGUCUGUGAGUACGCAGAGGAGUACACCGCAAUUAACCGCAGGGACGACCACACAAAUACAAACACGCAAACAUAAGACACACACACAUACAUACGCAGGCUUGUUUCUACACAGCCAAUAGAAGCCAUCGCGUUGCUGUUGCUGCUGUGAGUUGGGGUGCUUCGCUGGCCACCUUCGUCAUCGUCGUCAUCGCGGCAGCAAAAAAAGUUGCUGCACUUUCUUCUCUUUGUCGCCUCGCCGGCUUUCCGACAUACAAGCUCCGGCGCUGCAUCCCGCAUUGACACAGGCGCGAUUGCUUCGAAAGGUGUGAAUCUUUUUGAAGCAAUUGAAUCGAUCGAUUUGAGCCUCAGCCGACGAAGUCACCGUGGACGACGCCUUGUUGGGUCGCUCUUCGCGCGUCGCGUGUCCAACUUUUUCCCUUUCCGCCUCGGAACUCUCCAUCUUGGUCUUCUUCACCCUCGACACACCCGCGGCCAGCAAACACACGCCGCUUUUGAGUCCAAGGCGUGCCGCCCCCCAAUAGCCACUACGACGUCCUGUCAAUUGGACGUGCGCCGUUGUUUCGCAACAGCCCUCUUCUUCGAAUUGACGGUUGCUUGCCACCGUCAACAGCAUACCCAACGAGAGCGCAGCUGUAUCAGGAGAUAAGACAACUCUCCAAGAUGGCUCCCUCGAUCCAGUUCCGCAUGCCUCCAGGCUGGUUCUUUAAGUUCCCGCCGGACGAGCAGCCACUGGCCCUUCCUCCGCCGACCGAGUCUCGUACCUUCGCGGCACCCUUUGCCAUUCCCUCGCAUAUCUACACCGGCGCGCUGGACCACAGGGUGCCUAUAACUAUCGCCGCCCUCUAUGCAACAACCGUCAUUGCCUGGAACCGCAUCAAUCGUAGCCGAGGAUUCAAGCCUUACGGCUUCAGCCAGACAGCCUCAUUCAAGACCUUCGUCAUCGCACACAACGUCUUCCUCGCCGUGUUCUCCGCUUUCACGUUCUUCGGUAUGCUGAGGGCGCUGGCACACACUUGGCCAGGCCGCGAGCAUCAUCUGUUUGGGAAGUUCUGGCCCGGCCUGCGGACGUCGAACGGGUUGGCUGGUGCUGCAGACGCUCUGUGCCACCUCCACGGCCCACGAGGCUUUGGAAGCUACGUCGCCUUUAGCCCAGAUGCAAGCACCUGGGUUGCAAAGGAUAGUCUGGUGUCGCUUUCGGCUGCGGGCCUUCCGAACGACAGCGAUGUUGGCCGCCUGUGGAAUGAAGGCCUUGCCUUCUGGGGCUGGUGGUUCUAUCUCAGCAAGUUCUACGAGGUUUUCGACACCUUCAUCAUCCUGGCCAAGGGCAAACGCAGCAGCACCUUACAGACGUACCACCACACAGGCGCCAUGAUGUGCAUGUGGGCUGGCAUCCGCUACAUGAGUCCACCCAUUUGGAUGUUCUGCUUUCUCAACUCGGGCAUCCACACCAUGAUGUACAUCUACUAUACCCUAUCCGCGCUUUCGAUCAAGGUUCCGCAACGCAUCAAGCGUACCCUGACCACUUGUCAGAUCUUGCAGUUCCUUAUCGGCAUCACCUUUGCGGGAAUGCAUCUCUUUGUUACAUACGAUGUGCCACUGUCGAAGGCUGGUGCAGUCUCCAAAACCCUGUCUGCGGCUGCUUCUUCCGUCGCGUCGGGUGUUUCCGCCGCAGCGGCAUCCGUGACCGCAUCUUCUGGCGUAGCAGGUUGGCUCAAGCAGGCCGCCCUUCGUGCCGCGGGUGAGGAGGGACUUGCUGAGAAUGUGGUGCGACCACCGGUAGACGUGUCGCCCAGCGCGGCAGUCGCAAAGCGUUCGAGCAGUGCGUCGACGACCUGGGAAACAGUACCGUGCAUUGAUACCUCAGGCCAGGCAUUUGCUAUCUGGCUCAAUCUCCUCUACCUCGCUCCACUUACGGGUUUAUUCGUCCGCUUCUUCGUCAAGUCAUACACUCGCCGUGGUAUGGCCUCGCGGAAUCAACCGAGCAAGGGACAAACCGUCAAAGCAAUUCAAGACGCCGCUAAGGGCACCGGGCGUGAAGUUGAGUCCCUGGGUAAAGCAGCGGAAGCCGGCGCAGAGGAUAUGUCCAAGAAGAUGGUGAACGGGAAAAGCAAAGCGAGUGGCAAAGUAAACGGCAGCGCCAACGGUACCCCGCGAUCGCAGCGGAAAGUCAGCGAUAGCAUAAACAAGGCGUGGGAGCGAUUUGAAAAGGGAGACGAAGAAUCACCUGUGACGACGCCGGACGCAAAAAGCAAGAAGCUGAGAAAGAAGCCGAGCGAGGGCCACAGCAAGCUGAGGAGUUUGUUUGAAGAUCCGAGCGUUGCGGAGAAAUCGAAGAGCCCUUCCAUGGAGAGAGGCCGUUCGCCUAGUGACGCCGAGAGUGUGACGUCAAUUGUGCUCGAUCAGCCUCUUGCCGAGGAGAAAGCUGAAGAGAAGACGGAAGAGAAAACGCAAAAGUCCGAAACGUCUGAAAUGAGGACCGAAGAAAACGCUGAGGAAGCGUCUAUUUCUUCUGCGGAAACGCAUGGCGGCAACGAGGAACUAAAGCCUGCUUCCGAGCCUCCAGAACUGGAUCGGUCGUUCGCAGAUGUUGUAAAAGAUGUGCAUCCUAAACCAGAAGGCGAAGAGCACAGCGAGGAGGCUCAAGAACAAGAACAGCAAUCAGGUGAUGUGUUGGAGCAGUCUUCCACACCGACGGCAACUGUUGUUUCGCACUCGUCGCGUUCGCUGAGCCCGCAGAAGAGUAAGCUGCCACGGCCCACUAGCAGGGAACCCCAGCGGUCGAGGAGCCCCGUCAAGAAGUCGACAAGCUCGUCGAUCCCACGGCUCAGCACAAAUGGUACGAAACCUCUGCCUUCAUCAUCACCUUCGUCAUCAAUAUCUACGUCCUCAUCGGCACAAACACUAGUACCCGCAACAAACAUGCCUUCGUUAUCGAGGACAAGCAGUGGUGCGGGAGAGGUGGCCAAGGACGUAGAGACGAGUUCCUGCGCUUUGACAAAUGCCGACCCUUCCAACUCUUCUGCGGCUGCUUCAUCUGUUGCAGAAGUAGCAUCGUCAGGAGAAGGCGAGGACGUGGAGACACAGUCUCCAUCGCACCAAGAAGAAGCAGCGGCCGGAGAAGAAGUCAAACAAAACAAUACUAACGUGGAACGUGAACAGGGCAACCAGAGUGCGGAUUCGAGUACGAAGAUCGAGGAAGAGGUGUCUACGCAGACUUCAGAUUCGGAGGAGCGCCCGCAGUCGCGGCAUGGUGAUGAAGAAAUAGAUUCGAAGGGUGGUGAUGGUGCCUCAUAGUGCGGGACUGCGGUGGUGAAACAAGGGUAUCAUCGUGAGGAGUUUGUUAACGCGUGAACGCAGAUGGAUUCGAUGAUUUUGCGUGAAUGCAUGGAAUGGUGGGCUCACUUGGAGACAACGUAGAUUUGGGGCCGCCGACGCCUCCUUGCUCGGAGCGCUCUCGGGUCGCAAUUCCAGAGAAAAGGGGUGGCAUUCGUGCUUUGACUGGGUUGAAUUCAAUUGUACCGUUCAGCGACGGCGAUUGGGGGAUUGAAACAAUGGAUGCCGAUAUCAACCUUCGCCGAUAGGCAGCAAAAUCUACGUGUCCUUCUUCAAUACUCCCGUUUGCGCGUUGUAGGGGUGUUGUGGACGUUUCAUCACAUUGUUCUUGCUUCAUGUAUUUAUCUUAUACCGUGAAUGACUUACGUCUCAGCUCUAUCUAAUAACGGCUAGAACUUGACAGACA